CACUCUGACGCAGAGCCGUUCAGUUUCAUGUUCCAGCUGCUGAUUGUGACCAGGACUCACCUGGCCAUGCUAGAACAGGUGAGGUGCGACGGGAGAUAGGUGACGACACAAAGGCGCAGCCAGCAGGAGAAAACGUCUAGUGAUGGAAAAGAUAAUUAUGGGGGAAAAACUUUUUUCCCGAUCAGCACCGGGUGCUUUUGAAAAGGUUCUUGCUGAAGCUGCAACUGUCAAGAAUAGUUUAUGCCACACGGAAGCUGUAGAAAGUUGGACACAAAGGCAUGGUAGCUCUGAGCUGUCACCGAAUAGCCACCAUGCGAAACUAAAACACAGUCCGAAGCCAGCGUCGAAGACAAAAAAGUCUGACUCCAGAACGAAGCUGCCGAAUGUUUUAAAACAGCGCACGAUGGUGGAAAGACGAAAGCAACUCGCUAGUUUCCUCCAGCCACUGAUGUCGCCCAAACACCCGAGGAAAAGCGAGAAACAGGAGAGGAGGGAGCGGCAGCUCCACACGAGCGUCAGCAGUCCGGACUUCCGACCGUGGAGGGUCAACGGCCAUCGGAGCACCAUUGGAGGUUCAAACUCUCUCUCGCACCUGGCCGAUCCGUACUUAGCGUUACGAAUUUCUCCGAAUGCCCGGCCUCCUGGCCCCAGCGCCAGCCCAGGGGACAGCAAUAAUGGCGGCGACUUUAAAUGCCCCCUGCCCUUGUUGGAUAGAGUCUGGAGAUGGAUCACGAAAAGUUCCAGCAUUGAUGGCAAGGAGAUCCGCAACAUUCUGGUGCUGGGCGUCUCUUUCCAACUUAUCUUCACCGCUUACUACGCCACUCAGAACCUACAAAGCAGUCUGCACGAGGAGGAGGCCCUGGGAGCCAGUGCACUGGGCUGCAUGUAUGGCAUCUCCAUCGUCUCCAGCCUCUUGGCACCUACACUCAUCGGCCUCAUCGGCGCCAAGGGUUGUGUGGUCACCGCGUGGUUUUGCUACAUCAUCUACACCCUGGCGCAGUUUUACCCGCAAUGGGGGACGCUAGUGCCUGCUUCAGUCCUACUGGGAGCUUUCCUUGGACCGCUGUGGACUGCACAAGGUCUCUACGUGUCUGCCUGCGGCUUCUCCUUCUCCAAGCGCUCCCCCCACUCACCCUACGUCAUCCUGUCACGUUUCAACGGCCUCUUCUUCACGUUGUACGAGACUACACAGAUCGUCGGCAACCUCGUCUCCUCCCUCGUCAUGCAAGACGGCGUCAGCAACAAGUCGGAGGCCAUCGUCUUCAAAUUCUGCGGACCCAAUGACUGUCCUUGGACUGAAAACGUGACUGACAUUGAGGAGCCAGACACCUGGGUGCUGCACACUUUACAGAGCAUCUACAUUGGGCUUCAGGUCUUGGGACUGGGUCUAACGGUAGUCUUGGUGACACCACUGCCCAAGAGCGAAUGGGUGGCCAAAGUUCGCAUCCAUGACACAGCGAUAUCUUGGCUGACCACGCUGCUCGGAACAGAGUUACUCUUCUUGGUGCCCUUCAUGAUCUUCCAGUCUUUGCAGGAAGGGAUCCUGCUUGGCGAGUACACUAAGGCUUACAUCAGCUGUCCCAUCGGGAUCCACAUGGUGGGUUUCGUCAUGGCGGCGUACGGAGCAGUGACAGCCACCUUCGUCUUCAUCUUCAGCCGCUUGGCCCGCCGGUCAGGCCGCCUGGCACUCUUCCUGCUGGCCGCUGUCAUUAACCUGGUGUUACUCAUCAUCCUCUACAACUGGACACCAGAUUCCUCCAUGACAACGCUCAUCUUCAUCAUACCUUCAGUGUGGGGCUUGUCACAAGCCAUCUGGCAAACCCAAACCAACGCCAUGAUUGCCGUUGCCUUCUCUGACAAGAAAGAACCUGCCUUCGCCAUCUACCAGGCGUGCCGGUCAGUGGGCUUCACCUUGUCCUUUUCGUUUCACGGCCAUCUCUGCGUCUUCACCUCAGUUUCCAUAGCCAUCGGCUUCCUCGUCGUCGGCAUUCUGCUGUAUAUCGGAGUCGAACUCCGGCAACGAUUUAGCGAGCGCAUCGACGGGCUCAGCAGACGACACUUUCCCAAAAGCGACAUCUCCCGGCAUGAACCGGAACAAGCCGCUAAUGAAACUGACGAGGAUGACAGCGACAGCAGCAAAAGACGACCCGAGAAACGACAGAACAUCCGUGGCGACAAGGUCAGCGCAGCAGAGAUGAGGAGACUUUACGCAGAGGAGGACGACGAAGAGGAAGAGAGGAAAAGAGGGCAUCGGCUGACUGUUGACGGCAUCUACCUGGCCUCUGGGGAGAGCGCGCAGAUGAACAACGACAUCAAACGUUUCCAAACGGAUUGGCAGCGCGUCAGUGUCUCGUACUACGCACGUUCUCGGAGCGUGGACCCAUCCAAUCAUAACGUGAGGUCGAGCGAGGUCAAGGCUUUCCAGGUCAUGCCACGGUCGCAAAGCCUCGACGAAAUAGAAAUGUUUGACGAGGCGGAGAUGUGGAUGCAGAGGAACGACGAUCCUUUUAAAAAUUACAAAGUACAAAGGAAAAUGGGAGAGACAUAUGUUUAUUGAGGUUCUGUCCUCGACAACAACGUGUGAUAACCUAAACUCGACAAGUUUGCAGCAUGCACCAGCAAGAAAGAUUGCAAUGUCUGUCUCUUAUCAUGUGAUAGUCUUGAGAACAGGGCCUACCUUUAUUAACCUUGCCUUGACUAGUCUAAGAUCUGCGACAGUACAUGAGAAAUAGACUAGAUAUACAUUGAUUCAUAAGUACUAUCCUCUUGCGGAUGUGCUCUCGCAAUGGGGUUGUUAAAUAAACACACCGCCCAAAAAAAUUGCGCUUACACGAGGAGGUAACACAAGGUUUACAUGUGAAUUCUUGGGACUUAUAAGUGUGUGUUAAGUGAUAAUAAACACGGUUACACGUGUGGCACUGCAUUAAAAUGAAAAUACACACACACUCACACACACGCACACAAACACACACGCGCGAGCGCACGCACACACACAAACAUAGACAAACACGCACGCGCACAUAUACACACUUGUGUAGGGGCUUGCAUUUCGGGUCCAUUGGCUCUGUGCUGAGACCAGGAAGGAAAAAAUUAUUUAAUAUUUAAUAUUCUGUAAAGAAUGAAGACAUAGAAAGGCAUUUCCGGUGAGGUCUGUAUUUAGAUGUCUGCAUGCAGAUAUUUAAACAUGUAA